CACUUGCAGGAAGGGAAGAGAGAGAGAGUAGAAAGGGGGAGGGUGCUCGCAGGCUGAUAACACACUCAACCACAGAUGGUUGAGCAAGGUUGCGAGAGAGUGAGGGAGCAAAACGGCUGCAAAGACAGGCACAGAAGAGAGGGAGAGACUAAGAACGAGAGGAGCCGAGUGGGAGGAAAUCUGUCUCUCUGGUAGUAUUGCCAGAGCAACGGAAAGAAGAGGAGAGAGGAGGCAGUGCAGGAUCUGUGAACGUCUUGUCUCUGCAGCCAAGAGAUCUUCUGCCGCUGUUUACUCUGCAGACCCCGGGGACGGAUGGAUGCUUACACAAAUAAAUGCCAGCAUAAUUGAGCUGCUUCUGCACCCGGGACUUGAAUUGAACUGAGGCACAGAGCAGGAGCAGAGCAGGAUGUGGUAUUGCAUGCAUGCCUUUAUGAGUGUUUGCUUGUGGGUAUAACAGGUGCUCUCAGGUGAGCAGGGUUAACUUGAAACCAACCUGUAAACCGACUCCAUGGCACCAGCGUGUGCCUAUAUCUGUGUGUGUGUGUGUGUGUGUGUGUGUGUGUGAUGUAGUGGCGAGCUGUGUGUAAAUGUGUACAUGUCUGUACGUUAGGCUAGGUGUGCAUACUGUAUGACCUGUGUGUGUUUGUGACACCGGCAUCACAGCGCUCACUCACACACACACAGGCAUCAGGAGGAAGUGACACUUCUGUGGUUGCUCUCGUAUUUCCUGGUCCCCUCUCCUGUGGCGCCCAAAGUGCCGAAUCUGAGCCGAGUUCGACUGUUUUGCCGUCACAGGUGGGACUUAAACUCUCUGGAUGCAUCAGCAGAGGAGCACCAACUUUUUCUGGAUGAGCAAAGAACAAGUAGAUACGUUUAGACUCUGAUUGUGGCUGAGUGUCACUUCAGCCCUGCAUUUCAAGACAAUCCAGCACUUCCUCAAGCUGUCAGCCUGCUGCCCUGGUGCUGCUCUGGUGCCAGAGACCGUCCUCAGACCUCUCCAUGACUGUCAACACGGUGCCGACCCCCUCCAUGACCAGCAGUAACAGCAUGAGCAGCGGGUACUGCAGCCUGGAUGAUGAGAGCGAGGAUUUCACUUUCUUCACAGCCAAGACCUCGUUCUUCCGCAAACCCAAGCAGGCACCUAAGCAGAAUGAAGCAAAGGAAGAAGAGGAGCAAGGAACAAAAGACCUGUCAGAGGAAGAGGUGCACUCCAGGAUAGAAGAGUACAAUGCUCAAGUGUCAGGAAAUGGCAUGAAACUGGCUUCAGAUGGAUCUUACACGGGUUUCAUUAAGGUUCACCUGAGGCUCAGUCGACCAGUCACAGUCCCUGCUGUGGAGGCUGGAGGCUCAGAAGGAGCGUCCAGACAGACGGGCGGCAGCAGCCGAGCGCCUCCAGAGGACCAGGAAGCAACGGACUGUGGACACACUGAAAAGAGGACGUCCUUCUACUUACCAUGUGACUGUGUGAAGCAGAUCCACAUCAGCUCUCUGACCACCACCAGAGAGGUCAUUCAGGGCUUGCUGAAGAAGUUCAUGGUGUUGGACAAUCCUCGCAAGUUUGCAUUGUACAGACAGACACACCGGGACGGACAGGAUCUGUUCCAGAAGCUUCCAUUAAGUGAGCGUCCUCUUCUUCUGAGGCUGAUCGCCGGACCAGAUGCAGAGCAACUCAGCUUUGUCCUUAAGGAAAAUGAGACUGGAGAGGUAGAGUGGCAUGCAUUCUCUGUCCCUGAACUCCAAAACUUCCUGGUAAUAUUGGAGAAAGAGGAGGCGGAGCGUGUUCGAGCAGUGGAGCAAAAAUACGCAGUUUACCGACAGAAACUAGAGCAGGCCCUGCAACAACAUGACCCCUGACCACUCACCUGUUACCUUAUGACUUCAACCCAGGGACACACUGACCCUUUGAACACUGAUCCCUCAAGACCCCCAGAAUCUAUUCAGAGAGUGGAGCACGAGCGGAACUUUUCUUUUCGCUCCACGCAUAUAUACACACAAACAUGCACACAAAUCAUACACAGUUGCAUAUCCUUUCUCAGGACGCAUACAAGCCCACCCCCCACCAUCCUCACAUCUGCUCCCUGCAGAGAGAAUCAGGAGUUGAAAGUGAUGUGAAAGGCUACAGGGUGUGUGGUCUUCGAGCUGACUGGACAAGUUGUGUUUUGUUUGCCAAGGACACACACGCAGAAGGAUCUGUACUGUAACUCCGACUUGAGAUGUCACUUGGGACUGAUAUGAAUCAAUGGUGUUUUUAAAGUUUCCCCUCUUCUUCUUCUGCUACUGCUGCUGCUACUGCAAGUGUUACUUAAGCAUGGGUCUCUCUCAGCUCAUCUCCCCUGCACAUAGAGUUAGGAUUGACACACAAGGCAUGAUUACUUUUUUUCUGCAUCUCAUUGGGAUGGAAGGACAAUCACACUGUGUGUUUCUUUUUUUUGUUGUUUUCUUGAAAUUGAUGUAUUGCCUGUUACCAGAUGUUGUUUUUGUUGCUGAAAUUUAAGAGAUGUGGAUUUGUGAUGAGGGGUGUUUAGAGUUGGGGGCUGGAGAACUGGUUAUUGGUGCUUUACCUUAAACUAGAAUAGGAAGCAGGAGGCAGUGUGUGCUUCCAUAUCAAAGAAAAGAAGGAGUGGAGUUAUAAGAAAGUGAGAUCCAUCCUCUGAUUUUUCUCAGGGAGCAUGUGUUGAGCAAAGAGUAAACCUAAGGGGAAGAAAUAGAACCCUUUUCCACCUUGCACCACCCUGUUUUAGCACAUGCUUAUCUGUCCUUUAUGCCAUGUGACAAGACUUGAAGACAUGAAGAUGCUGUCAGGUGCUUCGCUGACAGAGAUCUUCAGUCAGACCCUGUUAGCGCCUCUCUCCUCACUCCUCCAAACACACACGCAAUCCUAACAUUUUCUCCGAUGAUAACUGUGGUAUCAUUUCCCAUUUCCGCUGCAUAAAUCCUGAUCUCACCAGCCCUUGCAUGAGCUCCACCUGCAGAUGAAGCCUACUGAGAGAGGCAAUCCACAUACCUUUACUGAUACACUUUACAUACAUGUGUUCGGGGUGUAUUUGAAUGUGUGAGGACUUUUACACCAAAGCUUAGCGGGACAGAUCUACUGAGAGGAUUUUAACAAGAUCAGAGACAUUUGGAAGUUUGUUAAAUUAAAGGUGGUGUAUGUAAAAAUCAAACCAGCUUCUGUUUUGCACAUAUAGAUGCAGGUCAGUGAAUGGCCCGUAAAUCUGGGGCAGGGCAUGCAUUUAUGUUUGUUUUUCUUUUAUCUCCCUGCCUUCCACCCCCCCAAAAAAGAAACAAAAAAAUAUAAAAUUCAUGAUAAUGGCUAUGAUGUACCAAUGAUGUGUUUGCAAUGCAUAUAUGUUAUGUAGACACUGGAAAAAGAGUGACAAGGUUUAACUUUGUUGUUAUUAUGAAUAUUCAUAUUUUUUUUUGUAUCAUUCCUACUGGUUGGUGUGUGUGUGCUCAUCUUGGGCAGUAAGGAAAAUGUGAAUAGUGUUUUAAAAUGAGCGUCUGUGUGUCAUCAGCGCUCCCUGACUGGGCCUCACUUAUUGAGUAUCAGGACAUGCAUUGAGUGCACAUGUAAUAUAUCAGCACAUUUCAGCUGCUAAUUAGGUUACAAAAGAAAACUAUUGGGCAUGCAUGUUUCAUGAAAUUAAUGCAUUUAAUCAAAACAUUCUAAAAACUCUCCCUCAUUCUAUGUUUCUUCAUUGAUUCCAUAGAAAUACUAAUGAAUGAGGCCUGUUGUCCAUAAGCACAUGCUUCUCAGUAAACCCAAACCUUUUUUUUUUUUGUUUGUUUUUUUGACCACCACCACCCAAAGCCUGAGCUGUUCCUGCUGGCAGUGCCUUUUGUUUCAUGUGCCCCUGUGUAUCUAUGUAAGGUGUGAUUCAGCACACAGGUGCCUGAGUAUAUGUAUGGGUGCUUUUGCAUGUGUUUCUUGGGUGGUGUUGGAUGUUUUCUUUCUCUCCCCAGUCCCUUUAACACUCGUGUCUUUCCAACAAAUCCUCAGUGGGAGUGUGAGUGCGUGUGUGUGUGUGUGUGUGUGUGUGUGUGUGUGUGUGUUAUUUAUUUCAUGGUUCACACCAUCCUCAUGAUAUUACAUCAAGGAUGUUGAGACUUAAUGCUUUUUUGCAAUUUAUUUCGUUUUAUUUGAAGAAGUGUGUAUAAAUAUAUCAGUAGAACUGUACAGAAUAUUAAGAUGAAAUAAAAAGGUAAACAUCG